AUCUCUCUCUCUCUCUCUCUCUCUCUCUCUCUCUAUUCCUCUCGACGCCUCUGUCGCUCUCUUCUUCUUCUUCCUCUCCACCACCACCUCCACCUCCUCAAGCUUAUCCAUGGCCACCGCCGCCAUUGGAGCCCACCUCCUCCCCCUUUUCCCUCGCCCUAGCCGCGUCCUCUUCGGCCACCGAUCCUUCGCCGCCACCCCCAUCCCCGCCCAUCGCGCGUCGCCAUUAACGCAGCUUCGGAGGAGUUGGCCCUCCAAAUCUAAUCCCUCCUCGCGCUUCUCCCCUGUUGUUGCCUCCCAAUCCAACUUCUUCAGAGUUGUUCGGGCAGCAUGGAGGGUCAGUAAGGAUGUAAUCGAGGCAGGAACCAGUUUUGUGCCUGCUGCAGUUCCAAGACCAGUAGCCAGGGUUAGUGUUGCUGUUGUUGCAGUAACCGUUGCCCUCUUUCUACUAAAAUCGUUCCUCUCCACCGCGUUCUUCGUAUUGGCUAUGAUGGCACUCAUAUAUUUCGUCUUCGUCGCAUUCAACACUGAUGAGGUCUCGGGAGGUAGUGGUGGAAGUGAGAGCACAACAUCAACCGAAGAAACCUUGGAAGAAGCUCGGCGUAUAAUGGAGAAAUACAAGUAAAUUUGUUAUAACUUAAUACCAAUUUUAUCGUAUUUUAUUUUUCUUAUCUGUUGUACUUGUAUUCGGCAAUUUGGUAGAGAGUAAGUCUAUAGGCGUAUAGUUGUAAAUGAACAUAUGGAGAAUGGAAAGAUAACCACCUUUUCAUCUUA